CAAGAGCGAGCUGCGCCGGGGUCCCGGCCAGGCUUGCACGCAGAAGCCGGCGGCAGACGGUGCCCAGCGGAAUCUCCUGAGUCCCACCGCCCAGCUCCGGUGCCAGCGCCCAGUGGCCGCCGCUUCGAAAGUGAUUGGUGCCUCGCCGCCUCCUCUCGGUGCGGGACCAUGAAGCUGCUGCCGUCGGUGGUGCUGAAGCUCCUUCUGGCUGCAGUUCUUUCGGCACUGGUGACUGGCGAGAGCCUGGAGCAGCUUCGGAGAGGGCUAGCUGCUGGAACCAGCAACCUGGACCCUUCCACUGGAUCCACGGACCAGCUGCUACGCCUAGGAGGCGGCCGGGAUCGGAAAGUCCGUGACUUGCAAGAGGCAGAUCUGGACCUUUUGAGAGUCACUUUAUCCUCCAAGCCACAAGCACUGGCCACACCAAGCAAGGAGGAGCACGGGAAAAGAAAGAAGAAAGGCAAGGGACUAGGGAAGAAGAGGGACCCAUGUCUUCGGAAAUACAAGGACUUCUGCAUCCACGGAGAAUGCAAAUAUGUGAAGGAGCUCCGGGCUCCCUCCUGCAUCUGCCACCCGGGUUACCAUGGAGAGAGGUGUCAUGGGCUGAGCCUCCCAGUGGAAAAUCGCUUAUAUACCUAUGACCAUACAACUAUCCUGGCCGUGGUGGCCGUGGUGCUGUCAUCUGUCUGUCUGCUGGUCAUCGUGGGGCUUCUCAUGUUUAGGUACCAUAGGAGAGGUGGUUAUGAUGUGGAAAACGAAGAGAAAGUGAAGUUGGGCAUGACUAAUUCCCACUGAGAGAGACUUGUGCUCAAGGAAUCGGCUGGGGACUGCUACCUCUGAGAAGACACAAGGUGAUUUCAGACUGCAGAGGGGAAAGACAUCACAUCUAGCCACAAAGACUCCUUCAUCCCCAGUCGCCAUCUAGGAUUGGGCCUCCCAUAAUUGCUUUGCCAAAAUACCAGAGCCUUCAAGUGCCAAACCGAGUAUGUCUGAUGGUAUCUGGGUGAGAAGAAAGCAAAAGCAAGGGACCUUCAUGCCCUUCUGAUUCCCCUCCACCAAGCCCCACUUCCCCUUAUAAGUUUGUUUAAGCACUUACUUCUGGAUUAGAAUGCCGGUUAAAUUCCAUAUGCUCCAGGAUCUUUGACUGAAAAAAAAAAAAAAGAAGAAGAAGAAGAAGAGGAAGAAGAAGGAGAGCAAGAAGGAAAGAUUUGUGAACUGGAAGAAAGCAACAAAGAUUGAGAAGCCAUGUACUCAAGUAUCACCAAGGGAUCUGCCAUUGGGACCCUCCAGCGCUGGAUUUGAUGAGUUAACUGUGAAAUACCACAAGCCUGAGAACUGAAUUUUGGGACUUCUACCCAGAUGGAAAAAUAACAACUAUUUUUGUUGUUGUUUGUAAAUGCCUCUUAAAUUAUAUAUUUAUUUUAUUCUAUGUAUGUUAAUUUAUUUAGUUUUUAACAAUCUAACAAUAAUAUUUCAAGUGCCUAGACUGUUACUUUGGCAAUUUCCUGGCCCUCCACUCCUCAUCCCCACAAUCUGGCUCAGUGCCACCCACCCUUGCCACAAAGCUGGGAUGGUUCUGUGACUCAUCUGUAGUAAUUUAUUGUCUGUCUACAUUUCUGCAGAUCUUCCGUGGUCAGAGUGCCACCUGGGGAGUUCUGUAUGGUCAGGAUGUAGGGGUUAACUUGGUCAGAGCCACUCUAUGAGUUGGACUGCAGUCUUGCCUAGGCGAUUUUGUCUACCGUUUGUGUUUUGAAAGCCCAAGGUGCUGAUAUCAAAGUGUAACAGAUAUCAGUGUCUCCCCGUGUCCUCUCCCUGUCAAGUCUCAGAAGAGGUUGGGCUUCCAUGCCUGUAGCUUUCCUGGUUCCUCACCCCCACGGCCCCAGGCCCACAGCGUGGGAACUCACUUUCCCUUGUGUCAAGACAUUUCUCUAACUCCUGCCAUUCUUCUGGUGCUACUCCAUGCAGGGUUCAGUGCAGCAGAGGACAGUCUGGAGAAGGUAUUAGCAAAGCAAAAGGCUGAGAAGGAACAGGGAACAUUGGAGCUCACUGUUCUUGGUAACUGAUUACCUGCCAGUUGCUACCGAGAAGGUUGGAGGUGGGGAAGGCUUUGUAUAAUCCCCCCCACCUCACCAAAACGACAAAGGUAUGCUGUCAUGGUCCUUUCUGGAAGUUUCUGGUGCCAUUUCUGAACUGUUACAACUUGUAUUUCCAAACCUGGUUCAUAUUUAUACUUUGCAAUCCAAAUAAAGAUAACCCUUGUUCCAUA